AUGAUGGUACCUCUCGCUACUAAAUCAAAACACACCUGCCAUUCAACCCUGUGUGCUCUGCAGACGACCCUUCCGCUUUCAAAACGACCAAGCCGAAUCGUCCCAGGGCCUGUCGUCCAGGGCAGCCAUCUCAGCAGCGUCGGCGUCCGAAACCAGGAACAUCGAACAUCAGCGCUAGAGGGCCGGCAUGGCAGCAACAGCAGCAGCGCCCUCGCCGCCACCACGCGGAUAGAUCGAACCAGAGCUCACCAGCAGCAGCAGCAGCAGCAGCAGCAGCAACAGCAGCAAUGGUGGCCCAGCAGCGACCGCUACGUCCGAUGCACUCAGCCAGGCUGCCAUAAGCGGCACUGGGGCGCACACGGUGCGGCAGGUGUCCUCCUCGUGCGCAUCUCGUCCUCAUCCUCGGCCAUUUCCGGGCAAUCGCCCAGGGUGCUUCUCCAGCAGCGCGGCCGCGGAUGCCAGUCCGAAGGCACGUGGGCGAUCCCGGGAGGCGCACUAGACGCGGGUGAGACGCCGACGCAUGCGGCGCUGCGCGAGGCGUGCGAGGAGGUCAGCCUGCCGUCGGGUUGCGCCGAGGGCGAAGAUCCGCUGGUCUUGCUGCGCGGGGAGAUGGUGUCGAUGGACCAUGGGAGCUGGAAGUACUGGACGGUGAUCGCGCAGCUGCGUCGGCCUUGGGAGCCGAUGAUACCGCUGGGCGAUGUCGAGAGCUUGGCUCUGGAGUGGGUGGCCCUGGAUGAGGUGGAGGACAGGGUGCUGCAUCCUGGGUUCAAGGCGGCUUGGCCUGCGCUGCGGGCUCGUAUAGAGAGUUGA